UGCAAACAAGUUUUGGAACAACAUGAGGAUGAGUAAUUAAUAAAAUAUGUUUGGGUGGUCUAUCACUUUAAAUGUCCUGGAACACUUUAGAUGAGUCACAUCUCAGGGGGUUCCUGCAUGUUUUCCAGAUUUCACGGGGGCGCCAUUCAUAUAAAAUGUUGUCAAGGAACAGAAGCUUUUGGGGAAAUGUUAUUGUCCUCCAAACAAUCUCUCAGCACUCAUCUGCAAAACACAUGUAAACACAAGAAAGUAGUAAAGUAUUUACAUUGCUUAACUACUGUUUAACGUCACACUAAAUUACAUAAAUUACACUAUAAAACAUUUAUUUGUUACAUUUUUAUAAUACAAUACAUUUGUAGUAAAAUAUAUAUUUCAUUAUAUACAUAAUAAACACACAUUCAGAUUUAUGGCUGUUAUGUGCUAUAGUGUGUGUGUGCAUAUGUGCAUGUGUCCAUGUGUGUGUGUUCAGUCAGGCAUCAGAUUGUUGGGUCUGUGAUGAUGGGCUGAUGUUCAGCACGGGACUGAAGUGAGUCAGAACAGAAUGUGCUCCAUACAGGAGACAUGAGCAUGUGGAUACUCCCUAGAUUUGUGUAACAGCCAAGGUUAGACGUGAAUGAAAUCAUGGCCAAAGGGUUUUCUCUGUGCCUGUUGCUUUGGCUGCUUGCACCUGCGGCCAGAUGCCAGAACAGAAGACAGUCUGGAGAAACACUGAUCAACCUCACUACAAAACAGGACGGUGAAUUAGUAUGCACACUAGAGAUCGCAUUCAUCCUGGACAGCUCAGAGAGUGCAAAGGGCGUUCUGUUCGAUCAAGAGAAAGCUUUUGUGCGCUCCUUCAGCAAGCGGGUGGUGCAGAUGCAGGUGUCUGACUGGCAUCUGAAAGCCCGUAUGGCGCUCAUCUACUACAGCAGCUCUGUCCAUGUCGACCAGCGUUUCAGAGACUGGCAAGACCUUGACAGUUUCCUGAACAGAUUGGAGGACGCCAUCUACAUCGGCCAGGGAACGUACUCCACAUACGCCAUAUCCAACGCCACUCAGCUCUUCGCCAGCGAGACCAGGGAGCAAAGCGUGAGGGUGGCCCUGCUCAUGACCGACGGCGUCGACCAUCCGCGGAAUCCUGACAUCAUGAUGGCGGUCGCAGAGGCUAAAGGCCACAACAUUAAGAUCUUCACAAUUGGCUUAUCAAACCUGGCAAAGGACAACGUGAACAGUGCCAAACUGCGAGUCGUAGCGAGCAGCCCAGCACAGCAGUACUUCCACAGCCUCACUGACCCCAAACUGGAGGAACGGCUCCUGCAACAGCUUGAAAUAAUUGCAAAGAAUGAAUGUCCACGGCCACCGGUGUGCACGUGUGAGAGAGGUGAACGUGGUCCUCCAGGAGCUCCUGGUAAAAAAGGAGAGCAAGGAAAUGAAGGAGCAUCUGGUCCAAAAGGCUCAAGGGGAGAAACAGGACCACCUGGUCUUCCAGGAAUCAAUGGUCCAGAGGGAAGACCUGGGUUCAAAGGUGAUAAGGGGGAUCAAGGUAACUGUGGACCUCCAGGGCAAAAGGGACAUAAGGGCGGUGAAGGGCCUCCAGGGCCGAGGGGCCCAAGAGGAGAGCAGGGUCUGAAAGGGCCUCCAGGAGACCAGGGACAUGAGGGUCCAGCAGGACCUAAAGGUGAUCGAGGGCUGAUUGGUGCACCUGGCCCACCGGGAGAAAUUGGAGUUGGAUUUCCUGGUCCAAAGGGAGACAGAGGAAACCUAGGAAGACCAGGUCCUCCUGGUCAGGUUGGCAUAGGUCAGCCAGGACAACCUGGUCCUCCAGGUUUACAAGGAACACAGGGGAACCCAGGAGCACCAGGCGAAGGACUUCCUGGGCCAAAGGGUGACCGUGGCUAUGUCGGCCCUACAGGUGGACGUGGACCCCCAGGUUAUGGAAUUAAAGGUGAAAAGGGCAAUGCGGGACCUCCAGGAUCACCUGGACCAUUAGGAAUGCCAGGCAGGGGGAUUCAAGGAGAGAAAGGGAAUCAGGGACUAGCCGGUCCUCCUGGUCAAAAAGGGAAUCCUGGGAUAGGACUCUCGGGACCAAAGGGUCAACAGGGCUUCCCUGGAGAACGUGGAGCCCCUGGAGAAAGAGGAAUUGGAGAACCAGGACCCAAAGGUGAACCUGGAUUACGAGGAGUACCAGGUGAGCCAGGUGUACCGGGAGAAGAUGGAGGCGUAGGACCAAAGGGUGAAAUAGGCUUACCAGGACCCAAAGGACAAGAUGGACCUCCUGGAAGAGGCCUGCCAGGAGAGAAGGGGAUUCGAGGGGAGAGGGGCUCCAGGGGCCUACCAGGACCAUUUGGACCAGUUGGACCAGCAGGGGCAAAGGGAGAACCAGGAAAUGUUGGAAAUCCUGGUGUUUCUGGGCCUCCAGGAAGGGGCAUACAGGGACCUAAGGGAGAUCCAGGGCCGGUCGGUCCACAAGGUCCUGUUGGAGAACCAGGGAUAGGCAUUGCAGGGCCGAAGGGUGAAAUAGGGUUACGAGGACCUAUUGGACCGCCAGGGCUAAAAGGAGAAGGCUAUCCCGGGCCACCUGGGCCACCAGGUCUGCCAGGGCUUACAGGAGAGACUGGGCCAGAGGGAACAGGUCUACCUGGACCAAAGGGGGAUCGAGGCCCUCCAGGCUCCCCAGGGCCUGCUGGAGCACCAGGUCUUGGGCAAGUGGGCCCAAAGGGCUCCAUUGGCCAGACUGGUCCAGCUGGUCCUCCAGGAUUGCCAGGAGAGGGCAUACAAGGACCAAAGGGUGAUCCUGGAUAUCAGGGUUUACAGGGGCCAAGAGGGUCUCCUGGAGAAGGUCUGCCGGGGCAGAAGGGGGAUCGUGGGUUACCCGGAACACAAGGACGUAAAGGAGACAGAGGAAGCAACGGAGAACCAGGAACUACAGGACCACCGGGUAAUAGAGGAACAAAAGGAGAACCUGGUCUCACGCGAGAGGAAAUAAUCAGUUUAAUCCGAUCUAUUUGUGGUUGUGGUCGCAUAUGCAGAAUACAGCCUCUGGAGCUGGUGUUCGUGAUCGACAGCUCUGAGAGCGUCGGCCCGGAAAACUUUGAGGUCAUUAAAGACUUUGUAAAUACAUUGAUCGACCGCACGUCGGUCAGUCAGGAGGUCACGCGUGUCGGCGUGGUUCUCUACAGCCACAUCAACCUGGUGAUCACAAGCAUACGAGAGAGGUUAAGUCGUGAUGAAGUGAAAUCAGCCGUGCGCAGGAUGCCCUACAUUGGGGAAGGCACUUACACAGGAAGUGGCAUCAGAAAGGCUAACGAGAUCUUCCGCUUUGCUCGGCCCGGUGUGCAAAAAGUGGCUGUGGUUAUUACGGACGGCCAGACGGAUCAUCGCGACACAGUGAAGCUGGAGGAUGCGGUCAGAGAGGCCCAUUCAGCCAAUAUCACUAUGUUGGUUAUAGGGGUGGUGAAUCAAAGCAACCCCGUCUAUGAAGAUUUUAAACAAGAGCUGAGGUCAAUAGCGUCGCCGCCCAAAGAAGAGCACGUGUUUUCCAUAGAGGACUUCAGAAUGCUUUUUGAAGUGGAAAGUAAACUGCUUCAUAAGAUCUGUGAGAACAUUGAUGGAUCGAUAUUCAGCGGUACCUUCAAGCCAGGUGCAGUUGAAGAGUUCUACGAUUCCAGACCAGACGGCAUGGGCUUUAUCGGCACCCUAGCACCAUAUUUAGAGGGAGACGAGCUGAACCUCCUCCCAGAUUUCUCUCUCACGGAUUUGGACCGGCCGAAGCAAGACCCAACUGACCGGCCGCCGCUCAUACAGGAUGAUUUUACUACAGAGGAGAGAUGCCUACUGCCUCUGGAUCCCGGACCGUGUCGAGAGUACGUUGUUAAAUGGUAUUUUGAUCCAAAGGCCAAUUCAUGUGCUCAGUUCUGGUUUGGAGGUUGCAAAGGCAACAUAAACCAGUUUGACACUCAAGAGGCCUGCAGAAAAUCCUGUGUGCAAAUGUAAGUCUUGUCAUUAGAGCACUGACAAAAACAAAAAAAGAAAUAAAGCUAAAGGGCUCUUAAUUAUUUAAAUAUACAUAAGCUUUUAAUAUUCAACAUUUUUAAUGAUAAUAAACAUUUUUACUGUGAACAUUUUAAAAACUAAACUUGAACAUCUCCUAAAAGCAUCUAUUUGCAUAUAUAGUGGGCACAAAUGUAUUUACAUAAGUCGUACUUAAAAAUGUUUCAUUCCAUUAUAUAGAAAAUAUUAAACAGUGGCUUUUAUCGGAAAGAACUGCAUGAAUAAUUCUGAAUAAGUAAUCAUUCUGGCUCAGAGAAAAUGCACUGACAUUCAGACAUUUUUUUUAUGAACAAACC